GUCCCGCCCUCCCUCACUCCCACCAGCCAUUUAGGCAUGCAAAACACAGGGAAAAAAACCCCAGCACAUAAUUCAACCUUAAUGAUGUCUGAAUCCCGGUAAGCAUACUGGUGUUGGAAAGAAAAGAUGCGUUCACGCAGAGACGCGCUCAGUUUCCGAAAUGGGAUUUACUUUGGGCAAACUUUCUGCGGAGCUCAACCAUUUGCAAGCUUGCUGCUCAGACUUUGAGCCUCUUUUCCUCCUUCAUGGAUGGAAACCAAGCGGAAGGGAAGCAUUGCUGGGAAACUCGCGCGUGCGUUAGUUUCCCUAAGGUGUAAAGUUUCGUAAAGUUUCCUAAGUUGGAUUUGUUGUGCAACACAGAGCCGGGUCAAUGGGAACGCGGCGUUAGUUUACAAGUUGUACAAGCAAAGACGCAAAAAAAAAAAAAAAACAAGACGGUGGAUCUAUCGAUGGACUAAAAAAACUAACAAAAACCGAAGGAAUUUAGACGCCAAAGAGUCGAGAAGGAAGAGAGACGCGAUGGCAGACAAGCAGACGCAGAGGAAAGCUGCGGUUUACCGGAGUGUCUCUUUCAAAAAGUUGCACAAUUGGAAGGCCAAUAAAAGCAGUCCGGGAGCCGAGGAUCAGCGCCACGGCUCGAAGGAUUUGGAGACUGGAGGAGCCCUUCCCCCUCCGGCUGCACAGCCCUCGGAUAUGCGCAGUGCUGCUGUGGCUAGAAAAGUUUCCAAAAUUUCAGCAGCCAGCCUCUCGAGGGCAGAGCUGAAGAAGGGCUCCACUCAUACCAUUUCACCCUCAAUCCGCCAGCUCUCAGAAAAGUUUGGAACAAACACAAAUUCAGGCAGCACUUCAGUCCUUCAGUCUGCAGUUUCCAAUAGGAUUAGAUCUCCGGAUGGUGCGUCUUCUCAGGACAUUUCAGGAUGUUUCCCUGAUCAGAGCAAAGAUCUUUCAGGAACCCUGACCAACAAACUUUUGGAUCAUAAGUGUCAGGAAUCCGUCUCUGGUUCGGAUUCAGACGCAGGUCAUAAACGGAGGGUUCGAAAGAUCGGAGGUGGCAUAAAGGCAGGUAAGAGUGAUUAUUCUGAAAUCAGUGAUGGCUCUGACAGCUUUAGUGGUAACACUUUAAAUUCAGAAGAUGAUAUUUGUGUCCUAGGAAUUUCGACAUGCAAGUCUCAUCGCCGCCAUCGCUCUUCCCAAGGUGAAACUAUUCAUGUUGAUUCAAGCUGGCCGAGCGUUACAAAAAUUAGAGAGCUUUUUGGGGAUGGUCACAGAACAAAGCACAAGUCAAUGUCGGAUGGAGAGGACUUGAGAUCUGAUGACUAUCGCCAUCACGGUUCAUACAGCACAAAAGACAGCAACACGUCCUCAGACAAGAGCGACAGGCAGUCGCCACUACAGCCAAGAGGACACUGGCAGGAUACAAACAGCUCAGACCAUGAUGCUAACAAACAGCAGGGUAUGGACUCUGAUUUUAGCACAGAAAAGCAUUCUAAUGAAGGUGAUCUGAGCGCUGUGACAAGAAAACUGCCAACGGAUAUAAGUAGAGUUGAGACUCACAAAAGUGGCAGAAAGGGCUGGACAGACAGUGACCUCCGACUCACUCCACCCACUCCUCCACCUCGCAGUAGUUCUGUUGCACUGCCUCUCAGGUCCCAUUCGUGUGCUUACAGUGAGCAGCUGCAGGAGCAGAGACAGAGGGCAAAGCAGCCACAGCCAUCAGAUAGUUUGCAUUCCUCACAUAGCUCCUCAAAACCACAGACGGGCUCCUCCGUGGAAUCGGUCAGCACUCGUGAGAGAUUGAGCUCUGGAGAAGAGGAGGACGAAUCUGGAGGGCAGACGGGUAGAAAAGCACUCUCAUUUGUGCACAGCAGUGAAGGAAUUGGCACACACAUUUCAAGGAACAAGCAUGAUGCCUGGGCCAAACUCCCUCAUAGGUCUUCAGGUAGUGAGGAAGACAGCCCAGCUGGAUUAGCUCAUCAAGUUCGACGUCGUUCUUUGAGGAAAAAGAAGAAAAGUAAUUGUAGUAGAGAGAAUGAGGAGUCUGAUGACAGUGACGACCAGCACGUAAUGAUGGAGCACCUCGAGCGCCACCAGCGUUCAUGUGAUUCCCAAAUGGAGGGACGUAGGCUUGACAGCUUGCGGUCUAAGGCUAGCUUUAGUGGGCAGAUGUGUGAGAGAGGGAACAUAGCUCGAGGUUCGUCUGUGGUACAGGACAAUUAUAAACACCUAUGUAAAGCUUCUGAGGGACAAGUUGGCACCAGUAAUGUCCCGUUUGUAUCACGCGUGUCGAAGGUAACCAUUCCCUCAUUUCUCUCCACCCCCUUGGGGUCACGCUGUAGCAGCAGAUAUUCCAGCACUGAGACUCUAAAGGCUGAAGAUCUUGUGAGUUCAACGUCUAACAGAGCCUCAUCUUCUGUCCUAAGCAAAACAUAUCAUGGCAAUGCUACUAUGUACCGCUCACCUAGUUUUGGGCAUGGAGACAAUUUUUCUCGGGCCCCUGUCCGUGUUCGUCCCCGGGUGGUGCCUAGCUUGAAUCAAGGAGAAGGCAUUCCUAAAGCUGCAGAAAACAGACUUGGUCGCCGUUCUGUCAGUCAUGAAAAAGAUAAAGACAGAAUAUCCAUGUCAAAUCCUGAUAUUGCUUCAGAAACAUUGUCACUGCUGAGUUACCUGAAAACUGAUUUAUCAGAGCUAAGAAUGAAGAAGAGAGGCCAAGAUGGUGAGGAAAGUCUGAACUCCAGCUUUCAGGGUGUCCAAAGUGCAUCAACUAUGUACAAAAUGGGCUCAAGAACCUCAGCAUUGAACUCUAGACGGCCCUCACUAAAGGACCUCACUGCUACAUUGAGGAGAACCAAAUCUUUCACUUACUCAGAGAAACCAUUAGGGUCAGCUAUGAGGAGUUCCUCUGAGCAAAGACUGGACCAUGAAAGUGAUGGAGAUCGAGUAGUCAUUUCUGAUAGAGAGGUGGAAAGUGAUGAUUGUAGAGGUUGUUAUGACUAUGAAGAGCCAAUGCCAACCCCUCUACAAGAUCGCUACGUUCAAGAAGCAAGACAGGUAAUAAGGGAUAUUUGUCAAAUGAGUGCUAACAAGGAUUAUGAUGAUGAAGAUGAUGAUGAUGAUGAUAUUUCAGGGUUUAAAAGAAAUGGGAAUGUUGACAUGGUGGAAGAUAAUAAAGAAAUUAAUCAGAUAAAGCAAGUGGAGAAGAUGGAUGGACAGAUUGUAGAUACUGUAAACAAAAAACAGGCUGAUCUAGAAAGUGGAAAAUGUUUACCUAGGGGAAAUUCAGAGGAGAACAUGUUUGUUGAUAAGUCAUUGGAUGAACUUUCAGGACAUGAAUCAAGUCUGACAGAUGAAGGAAUUGUCACAGAGCCGGAGGCUGGCUCAUAUGGAGGACUGCCCUCUGGAACCGACUUGCUAGGCCAGACGCUCACUGUUUGGACUCAGUCUGGACUGUAUGAGGAACAGUCACCCAACAUGACGCCGGAGAAGUCUCUUUCCACUCCUGUCCCAUCUGUCAGGACAGAAUAUGAGGCAGUAGCUAUAGGAGGAGAUGUAAGCAUCAGUAAAAAUGUUAACCAGGCUUCUUCAGAGGCUCCACCUACUCCCAGCGCUCUUCGAAGACGGAGAAAAUUCUCCUCAGCUGCCAACAAUGGCUCAGACUCCAGCAAUGGCAGUAAUGGGGAGUCAAACAGUGAGUCUGCAUACCGCUCUCUCAGUGAUCCCAUGCCACAUCGAAGUCGCUCGGUGGCAGAGGAUGGCAAUAACAGCUUUUCUGUGGACAGCAACCUACUUGGCUCACUCUCUCUAAACUCAAAGGUGGGUGUAAGUGUAGAUUCCUCUGCAGCGGAUCUGUCGGAGUGUACUGGCAGUGCAGCUAGUGACCUGUCAGUGUAUAGUGACUCUCUGCGAGAUUACAGCACUGUGAUACAGAGCAUAGUGCAUGAACCCGGUGCAAUGGACAAGCUCAUUGAUGAGAAGGCAAAUGGAAAAGCAGUGAAAAAGAAGAGCUUUAGUGACCCCAGCAGACGGGGAGAACUGGCCUCUCCAGCACUUGAAGUCCAGAAACAUCCUAAGGAACCUAUUAACGAGUUAGAGCAGCCCAUUCCUCCUUCCAGCAGUGAGCCAAUCUUGUCGGAGCAAAGAGAUGAGCUGUGGGAGCUGAACAGUGAGCAAUGUCAGCGGUAUUCCAACAGGAGGUCUCGAUCCCAAUCAGAGCAUGUUUUGCCCUGCCACCUUGACCGCAAUGGAGUUAAUAAAGUGGGAAACGAGGAGCCAAAGUUGCCCUUUGACCCAAAGCUGGCCCAGGUUUUGUCUCCCUGCAUAAGUCGUCGCGGUUAUAAGAAACGCACACACCGAGUCACCCAUCAACAGUCUUGUGAUGAUGGGGACCAAUUAGAGGAGCAGCAAGAGGAUCAAUCCUAUGAAGAUCAUCUGGAUCCUUCCAAGUCCAUCCUGCCUCAACUUCCUGCACCUAAAAUAAGGCCCAAACAUGUACGCCAUGCCAGCGAGCCUGCAACAUUUGUGCCCAUGACAUCAUCUAACCAGCAACUUAGCUCUUUCAAGAGCCCUGAACCCCAACAAGUCUCAAGACACAGACAAGGAGAGGGAACUCCAUCUUUGGAAGAUGUGACGGAACAAUACAUCCUGGCUUUGAAUCCACCUGAGGGGUCUUCAGACAUCCCUGCUGAUGGAGCUGUUGUGGAAGGUACCAGCUCUGUUCCUGCAAUGGCCACCAUUGACCCCAAACUGCAGAGGAAGUCCAGUGAUGAGCUGACCCAGGCCCCGCUUAAAACCAAGCCACAAGUGGAUAUGAGAAGACAUGUCAUGAUGACGCUACUGGACACUGAACAGUCAUAUGUGGACUCUCUGAGAACACUGAUUCAGAGCUACCUGAAGCCACUGAAGCAGCCUGAGAGCUCGCCGCUCUGUGACCCGUCUCUGGUCGACGAGAUGUUCUACCAGAUCCCUGAAAUCCUGGAGCACCACGAGCUCUUCCUGGAGCAGGUGAUCAGCUGUGUUAAUGACUGGCACGAUCGCCAGACUAUCGGCGACCUCCUCGUACAGUCGUUUUCCAAAGAGGUACUGGCUAACAUUUACUCUGCAUACAUCGACAACUUCUUGAACGCCAAAGACGCAGUGAGGAUUGCUAAAGAAGCCAAACCUGCUUUCAUGAAGUUUUUGGAGCAAAGUAUGCGAGAGAAUAAAGAGAAGCAAGCUUUGGGUGAUCUGAUGAUCAAACCUGUGCAGCGCAUCCCGCGCUAUGAGCUCUUAGUCAAAGAUUUGUUGAAACACACUCCAGAAGACCACCCGGACCACGGUCACCUGUUGGAUGCUCAGAAGAACAUAAAGCGAUUGGCUGAGAGGAUCAAUAAGGGACGACGUAACGCGGAGGAGGUGGAGCGUGAGACGCGGGUCAUGCAGGAGAUCGAGGCACACAUAGAGGGGGUGGAGCAUAUCCUGAAUCCUCAGAGGAAGUUCCUAAGACAGGAAAUGGUGAUGGAGGCGAAAUCAGUAGGUGGGAAGAAAGAUCGCUCUCUCUUCCUGUUCAGUGAUUUGCUGAUCUGUACGACUCUGAAGAGGAAGUCGGGCUCUUUACGCCGAAGCUCCAUGAGUCUAUAUUCCGCUGCUAGUGUCAUUGACACCUCCAGUAAAUAUAAGUUCCUGUGGAAACUUCCCUUGGAGGAUAUUGAGGUAGUGAAAGGCACAAGUCAGGCCACCAACAGGGAUACAAUCCAGAAAACCAUCAGCCGUCUGGAUGAAGACCUCAGUACCCUCGGCCAAAUCAGCAAGCUAUCAGAGACGCUCAGCUUUCCUCACCAGAGUCUGGACGACGUGAUAAAGGAUCUGAUGGCAUCGGUUCACAGGGAAUUAGCAGAGAAACAGUCCCUGGCGUUCAGCAUGACCUUCUUACCCACCAAACUGGAGCUGAGCACAGCGUCUGCAGACAGCACGUUCAUCUUCGAGUUCAGCAGUCCAGAUGCACGCAGCAACUUCGAGCAGGCCUUUGAGGAGGCCAAAAAAAAGCUUGCUAUGAAUAAAGACGAGUGGGACCCUGAGUUCCUGAAAGCCAUCCCCAUUAUGAAGACCCGCAGCGGCAUGCAGUUCUCCUGCGCCUCACCGAGCCACAGCAGCCCGGAGAACGUGUGUGAGGUGUGGGUGUGUAAUAGCGACGGCUAUGUAGGCCAAGUGUGCGUGCUGAGCAUCAGGGCCGAGCCCACGGUGGAGGCCUGUAUCGCCGUCUGCUCUGCACGGAUCAUCUGCAUCGCAGCCGUGCCGGGACUCAAGAGCAGGGAGCGUGUGGAAUCAAGGCACUCUGCCCCUGCUGUACCGUCUAAGUCUGAGUCACUCCCUGUUCCUUCUGUCCAACCUCAGCUUCACAUCUCCAUCUCUCGCUCCUCUCCGGAGCUCAGUGAUCCUCUUGCUCCAACAGCGCAUGAACUUGGGCCUUUUGAAAGCGACGACUCGGAUGAUGAAGACUCACCGAGCCCCUCGUCCACGCUGCAGAGCCAAGCAUCACAUUCCACCAUCUCGUCCAGCUAUGGCAAUGAUGAGGUAGCAGGCUGUAAGGACAUAGUCCCCGAGACUACCAGUUCGGAGGAGGAGCAGGAGUUCUCCAGUGGGUUUGGGCCACAGCGACUGAGCGUCGACAGCCCAAUGGACGGACGCGCCAUGCGCAGAUCUAGCCGGGGAUCCUUCACCCGCGCCAGCCUGGAGGACCUGCUGAGCAUCGACCCGGAGGCCCAUCAGAGCUCAGUGUGGCUGGGCACUGAGGACGGCUGCAUCCAUGUUUACCAGUCCUCAGACAACAUCAGAAACAGGAAGAACAGCAUGAAGAUGCAGCAUGCGGCCUCAAUCUUGUGCAUCCUGUAUCUCGACAACAAAGUCUUUGUGUCCCUUGCUAAUGGUGAAGUGAUUGUUUAUCAAAGGGAAGCAGGGAGUUUCUGGGAUCCUCAGAGUUCUCAGACGUUGUGUUUGGGUUCCCCGAGCGGCCCUGUCACUAAGAUGGUCCCAGUGGCGGGGAAACUGUGGUGCGGCUGUCAGAACCGGAUUCUGAUCAUCAACACCAGCACUUUAACGCAAGAGCACUCGUUUGCAGUGGGCCAGGACAGCGGACGGUGUGUGACCUGCAUGGUGAGCUAUGGUCAGGGUGUGUGGGUGGCUCUGCAGGGCAGCGCGCAGGUUCGUCUGUACCACUCCACCAGCUAUGAGAGCAUCUUUGAGGUGGACGUGGCACCUGCUGUUCACAAGAUGCUCGCAGGCUCGGAUGCCAUUAUCCGCCAGCACAAGGCUGCAUGUCUGAGGAUCACAGCUCUCCUGGCUUGUAGAGACGUGUUGUGGAUUGGGACGAGUGCCGGGGUAGUGCUCACUCUGCCAGUCCCACCUGUAACCUCCAAUGUAGGGACAGGACCUUUGCGCACUCCACUCAUGCCCACUGGCUCUGCGCACGGCCACACCGGCCACGUCCGCUUCCUCACCUCCAUUGAGCUGCCUGAGGGUUUUGAUGUUCACUUUCCCUCCCAGGCAGAGUCAGAGCUGAGUAGUGAUGGAGGAGUGCAGCAGCGCCGGUCCUCCACCCUCCUCACAGGUAAGUCCACUCUGCUGGUGAUCAGCGGUGGAGAUGGAUACGAGGACUUCAGGCUGAACAGCAGCAGCGAGACAGUCGGACGAGACGACAGCACCAACCACCUGCUGCUGUGGCGUGUGUGAGAGGCUUCACCCACUCCAUAUCAAGGCCCCGUGCCAUGAAACCAGGCUUCAGCCCCUUUCUGGCAGCGUGCUGCUCAAGCCUCUGAACCCUGCUAUCUCUGUGCACGGGUAUGACAGAAACUGAAUGGGUCGUUUCUAUCAUUUUCCUUGUUUCGUCUUGUAAUCAGUCAUCGAGUUGUACUCUCUGUGUGCCACAUGGUGUAAGAAGUGAAUCUCGUGCUGCUUGUGGUGUUUCCCAGUGGGAUAUAUUCGUGUAGCGUGACGCCAAUCUACAGAGAAGAGAUCACUGGAUGGAGAAUGAAGGAGAAAAAGAACAUGAUGUGUGAAACAACUGCAAUGUGGAAAAGGGCUCAAAGCUGAUAUUAUUCUGCUAAACAGAGAGUAUAACUGAAUGAAGAAUAGAGCAGAGAGAAUCUUACAGAUCUAAAGACAUUGAAAUGAAUGAAGACAUUGGAACGAUUUUUUUUGGACACUAAAGACGACUGGAUAUCUCUUGAGUGUUUUCUGUCCUGCCCCUCUUUAGAGAACGAUGGAUGAUGGACUCGUUUACACACAGCGUGAUCAACUACUGCUCCGUCACACUGUGAUCGCGUUCUUGAACAACAAGGUUUUGUCUCGAGCUCCACAAGUGGGAGCGAUACGAGAGUUCGUCUGUACCUAACCAAUGUGCAAUAUAAAGCUAGGGUAUCUACUUAAGACUAUAUUAUAUAUACACACACUCAUACAUGCACACCAACUAAAGCCACACACUUAACCCACCCUACCCAUUUUCCACCACCACAGUGCAGUUGGUUCAGGGAUUUUAAGAAAUGGCCUGAGUGUCCACCAGAUUAAGACCUGAAGUGUUGCGUAAAUUAAAAUAACAUAAAAAAGACAAUGUUAGGUGUGCGUACUUCUGAGUCAAAUCCAUCCAAACCCUUUAGCUAGUAUAGAUAACAAUUACAAUCAAAAAACGAAACCUACGUGUGUUUGUGUCUUGCAUUAUUUUCAGUGUGCCUACAUAUAUAUUAACUACACACUCUUUAUAUAAAAAAAAAAAGAGUUCCUCAAGUGUUCUUUACAUGGUUCUGAGUUACUAAAUGGCUCCUAUUUUGCACACCCUCUUGUAGGGUUGUAGAACCUUUAUGCUUCCCAAGUGAGACAAACUUUGUGUGUUCAAUGAAGCUUCCUCCUGCCCAAGCAUUUAGUUUUACUUAAAUGAUUAUUUUCUGCUCACACCAAUGAUUAAUUGUGGCAAUAUCCUUUUGUGCCAUUUUUCCCCAACAGUAAUUUUCUUAUAGGUUUAAAUCUAGAACUCAAAAAUAGUUUGUCUUUCUGGUAAACCUUUAAAAGCUCUUUAAGAACCUCUUAUGUAUCAAAGAGACUUCCAAGUAGAACCAUUUUAGGAAGCAAAAAAAAAAGAACUGUUGAGGAACCUGCUUUUUUCAGAGUGCACCAUCAUCUCCUUUCGUGAACAUGUAAAUAACUUGAGUUGCUCAAGUUUGUUUCCAUCGUGAUAAAGCGGCUCUGCCCCCAAGCUCCUGCUUCUUGGUUCCAAUCUAGCAGCAUUUAGUUGAGUCUACCAGCUGAGAACCAGCUCUUUUGCAGUGGAAAUACGCAGAAUGGUUAAAGAUUAGGAUCUAGCACUGCGUUGGUGGAAACAGUUCUAAACAUUUCUGUUCUAAUCCUUAUCGCCAUAUUGUCACAAUCACAGCCCACUUCUUUCCAUAUCACCACACUAUUUUCUGUUGUCCAGUUAUUGUUUUUGUGUCCUUUUUUCCUUUUUAUUAUGGAGUCCAGUAGGUCAUAUAAAGGAGCAGCCAAUAUGGCUGUUGUGGUGAAAUUGUGUACAGUAUUUAUGUUUUUGAUUUUAUUUUACAGCACUUAAUUUAUAAAGACUUCUCUUCUGUUACCUAAAAAGGUGAAGCUGGAUGGCUCAUUCAUGCUACUUUGUGGUUCUGUUCAACCGUGCCACUACACAUGCCUCACACACACACAAAAGAAAAAUUCAGGCACAUUUUCAGAAUAGAUAAUACAUCACAAUAUUUAGGUUUGAGUGUCAACGAACUGAUAGUACCAUAUUUAUAGAAAGAACGAAAUAUGAAAAAAGGAAUGACUCGACUAAAAAGUGUUGAGUGUGUUGAAGGCAUCUACACAGAAUCAAACCACACCACUUUUUGCGUGAGCUGAGUUUUAACACUGUUGUUUACAUCAUGCAUUCCUUAACACCAGCAUUAAGCAUUGUUUUUGGUAGUUUAGCUGAAGAAGGAUCAAGUUUAUUUGUUGAAUUUGCACGUUCUGCGUCAUCGGCUUAGAAAGCACUCACACAGGAAGUCCCAGAGGUAAUAGUGCAGUAACAUUAUAGCAGAAAACAGCAGAAAAACAAGUAGCAACGUGUGCACAGUAUAAACGUAGUGCACUAACAAUUUUUACAUUUCCCUGGCUGGGAAAUUCAGCAAAAUGUAUGCACUAUAAAUGCCUCUAAUAUAUACUCGAUGCUCUGAAAGGUGAGGUGCAAAAUACUGGAACUUUGCACUCAAUGGUUAGACCCUGCUUUACAUAGCAAGAGUAGAGUGGAGAAAUCUGAGGGUGUUCUGGUGUAAAUUAUUGAAAAUCAAUGCAAAUUAAUGGAGCAUUUGGAGGUUUGAAGUCAGUAGGUGUUCCUGUGGUCUUGUCAAGUACAUAGUAUGAGAUUUGAGACUCCAUAAUAUCUCAAAACAAAACAAGGCAAAUAAAGCUCACAUCUCUCAUUUUAAUGCACGGAAUAAAAUAUAUAUAUAUAUUAACAACAAGAAAAAUGAAUACUUUUUGAUAAAGGUUUUCUCCAGUGUCAGCACUUUGGAACAGUAAGUUUUCUACCACAGGAAAGUCUUCAUGCUGAAGUUUUUUGUCUUAUUAAUUUCAAGGGAGAGCUUUAAAAAAUAAUAAUAAGGCUGGCGAGGGAACGAUUAUUUAUAUCUGUUACAACAUAAGUGAUCAUAAAAUUAAAAAUAAUAAGUUCAAUAAUAAAUUAGAAAUUUGUAAUCAUUGGCAAAUUGCUGUGGUACAAGAGGAAUAACACACUCCAGGACAUGCUGUUAUAGGAAAUUUGAUAUAGAUUAUUUUCCUGUAACAGCACACUCCAUCAUGCCAUGUUUUAUUCCUUAAAAAUCAGUCUUUAUCUGCUCAUUGUUUAUAAACAAUACCGGAACUGUAUUGACUGCUGGUCUUCUCAGUAACUUCUUACACACAGAGUGGUGCAUUACAGGCUGAAAGUGUAGAAACAAGUUUCGGAAACCGUUUACAAUUAGGACAAUUUGCCAAAUAACCUGACAUUUAGUCCAGGCGUACUACAUGGAAAAAAAAAUUGGGUAUUGGAUUGAGAUCCUGUGGGAGUAACAUGAGUGUUUACUGCAUCCCAUGAGUCACUUUAGAAGACCCCCUGGAAUGUCUUCACGCCAGUAAUUAUUGAAAUUUCAGGAAUGUUCCUGAAUUUGUCUGGUUGCCUUUAAAGAUAAAGAAAGAGAUCCGAACCAUGUUGCUGCAGACGUUUAGUUCUGUUCUUAAAGAUAUUGUCUUGUAUCACUUACAGUAGAAAGAACUAAUGUUUAGUUAUUGUGCUUCCAUAUUUUUUUCAUGUAAUAUAUGUGGCGGCCUGGGAAAACCCUUUGCAUGGUGACAUUUUCCACAUUUUCUACUCUAUAUAGUUUUAACAAUGUUUCUGACCUGACUUUGUUUCUUUUCUCUCUCUUAUUUUUUAUUUAUUUUAUUUUUUUAUUUUUAUUUUGGCAUAAAUCUGAAGCAGAUGUAAAGUGACAGAAUUUUUAAUGUUUCAUUCCAACAAGGACAUAGACAUUUCUUACAGCUGUUAUCUCAUUACGUGCUUACUGUAAGCGAUUAGGUUUAUUUCGAUUUCACUAUGGCGCAUAACUAUCCAACAACUUUACCAAAUUGUGACAUUCUCUGUGUGAGGAAAUCACACUUAGCUUGCAAGGCUUUUAGACAUCUUUAAACAGACUAACUGAUUUUACCACUGCGUCUCCUUACCCAGUGUGAUCUUUGUAUCUGAGUUUUCCCAGACCACUACAUACACACACACACACACAUAAAUAUAUAAGAAUCCAGAGAAAUACUUUCAUAUGUUGUGCAAGCGAAAUAUUUUUUCUUUGGAAUUCAUAUUUCUCUAGAAAUCAACAUAUAUUUCUGUGAAACAAAAUAACUUGCCCAAAACAUACCUUGGAAGCGUCAUUUUUCUAACAGGUCCUUUUAAAUACCAUCUGUGUUUUAUUGUUCUGCAUUUUAAAGUUCAAUUUCAGUUUGUUUUCGGCAGGAGAUGAUAGGAAAGAGAAAGAGUGAGCACUCUCUUCCCACAGGAUAUAACAAAAAGCAGCACAAACUGUAUAUAUAUUUUAUUCCAACCGCUGACCGACAGCAAUAUGUGACAAAAAAGGUUUUGACUCUAAAGUGAUGGUCUGUGUAUAUGCCUGUAUAGAAACUUUGAACUUUAGCUUUGCAUCACUGAUCACAUCUGGGAAAAACCUCAUUCUCACUGAUCUGUCUGGCAGUGAUAUAAGAAUUGAGAGCACAUACCACACCGACGGAGGUACCGUCUCAUUAUCUCGGCUGGAACGGAGUGCCAGUUGGCUGUUUAUUUAGCAAACACUUGCUCUGUGAGAACAUGCGUGUGUGUUUUUUUUAUCAUGCUGGUUUGCGCACAUUGUUAUCCAUGCUGGUUAUCUGCGUGUAAUCUUUGGUCACGGCUGAAUGCUUUGUGUGUGUUUGUGUGUGUGUCAUUCUCAUUCCACUUUCAGCAAUAUAAUUCUGAUUUCAACACAAACGCACACACAUGCACACAUUAAAUCGGUCACUAUAUUUAUUCCCGUCACAAUAUUUGCUGUUAUGAUGUUUUCGUUCACAGUAGAACAUUUGAACUGGUGUGAAUAUUUUGGUCAGAUUUGAAUGUCUUGAGUGUUUUGCAUGUCCUGGUUUUACUGAGUGACAAAUUUGUUCAGCCAGUCUGGAAGACAAUAAUGUAACAUCACUACUAGUCUUUCUUUUCUUGGUACCUUCAGCUUGGUGUAGGUAGUGUUUCACUUAAAACUGCUUUAAUCUACACAAUAUAAUGCAUCGAAAACAUUAGCUAAUCAACCCAUCUAUUUAGAUAGUGUACUAUGCUUAACACGGGGGACAGUGUGGCUUAGUGGUUAACACAUUUGCCUCGCACCUUCAGGGUUGGGGGCUGGAAUCCCGCCUCGAAUCCCUGUGCUUCGGGGGUUUCCUCCGGCUAGUGCGGUUUCCACCCCUAGUGCAAAGACAUGAAUUGUAGGCUGGUUGGCAUUUCCAAAUUGUCUGUGUUGUGUGUGUGAUUGUUCCCUGCAAUGGGUUGGCACCCCAUCCAGUGUGUCCUUCGCUUCAUGCUCCAAGUUCCAUGGGAUAGGCUUCUCCACGACCCCUUUACGAUAAGCGGUACAGAAAAUGGAUGGAUGGAUGGACUAUGUUUAACCCAGCAUUGCCUGCAAACUAAUUAGCUCUAGGGAUGCAUCAGAUUGCUGUCUUUUGUUAAUUAGUGCGACAACGUACACUAGGCUUACACUAGUCAUAUAGUAUCAUGAGGUAUUAGCUGCUGGUACCGGAGCAUUUUUUAACAGUACAAAUAAAAGACCAUGGUACUGGACUGAUCCAUCCCUGCUUAGCUUGGCUAACAUUAACAUUACCUCUAAAGUUACCCAAAUACCUAGCUAAUGUUGCAUCAAAAGUAGCCAAGUUUGCUAGCCAGACAGUUAGCAUUAGGUAAACUUGUUGUGUAAGGAAUUACUGCGGUGCAGUGGGUUGCAUUCCCACUUCAAAGCUGGUGUGUCCUCAGUUCUCAAGCUCUGGUUACUCUCUUUAUGGAGUUUUGCGUGUUCUCUGCAUGUCUUUCUGCUUGUCCAGUUUUCUCCCACCUCUCAAAAACAUGUCAGUACGUGGAUUGUUUAUGCUAAAUUGCCCCAAGUGUAAAGUUGUUUCCGGUGUAUAUUCCCAUCUCAUCCCAGUGUUCCUAGGCUCCAGAGCCACCAUGACCCUUACCAGGAUAAAGUUGUUAAUGAAGAUGAAUGAAUGAAUUGUAUUGUGUAAUUAACACUAGCCAAGUUACCUAACAAGCUAGCUAACAUUUAAGUAAUCUGUUAUUGGUUGAUGUUAUAUUAUCAAGUUUCCGAUUGGCUGAACCAUUUUAACUUAACCUGUUAAAUUCCCAGGAGCCAUCUCUCUUGCAACUACACACAUUUUGCUAUUAGUUUGAGUGUUGUUACUGAAGAAAUCCUAGUACUUACUAAAUCAUAUGCUUUAAGAUAAAGAACUGAAUAAUAUUCUGAGAUUUUAAGGAGUUGAGCUCUACCCCUAUCAAAUAGGGAUGACUAUCACUUUGCAAAAUCUGUGUGUGUGUGUGUGUGUGUGUGUGUGUGUGUGUGUGUGUGUGUGUGUGUGUGUGUGUGUGUGUGUGUGUGUGUGAGAAAGCUGCCAGCUUUGUAUAGAUGCUAGUGUUACAAACGUGUGUUUUGGUGUGUUGUAUCUCCACAUAUGGAAAAAUCACACACUAUAGGGCUGAUGAUUUUGUGGCAUUUAUAAGAAUCGUUUGCUUUAUUUCACACAGUGAACAUGUCUAGAGAAGCAUAUUUUCAUAUGAUAGCACAUAAACGAGCAGAAAGUCCAUCAGAUCCGUAACUCCAGUGUGUUUGUAAGUAGCCUUCCAGCCAUUUUUUUGUGAAGGAAGUCAUUGUGUUUAUUGUAAAUUUGGAUAUAUUGCCUUUUUUUUCUGUACAUAAUGCUCUGUCUACAAUUGUUGAUAUGAAUCUGAUGGCAUAUUUUUUAUAUACUUGUUUAAGUUGUCUGGUCCCCCCCCUCCCCCCCCUUUCAGCAUGUCCCUCUGUGCUGCCAUAUUUAAAUAACUGUCGUAUUUUAGAAGAAGUGUCUCGCCUCUCUGCAGCUCCUGUUCCAAUCCUCAUGGUCUCUUCACUGCUUUUCCUUGUUAUGGUUCUUGUGGGUUUCUUUGCCAUUAAAAAUGAUCACUGGUUGCCAGA